GACCUCACGCAGCGUCACUAACCUGCCAAAUUGUUUUUCUGUAUUGUGCGCUGCUCUGACACAGACAACUGAUUAUGAGAAGCUGAAGUUACAGAGAGCAUCAAGAACAAGUGUAUUUCAAGUACACUGGACAUGUCAGACCCUAAAAGAGCUGGAGCCGAUGCUGGAUCAGUGGUGUCAGACCCUCAACACUCCCAAAAGCUUCUAAGGGUCCUUCAGUCUUUCAGACAAGAGGAUUGUUUUCAAGAUGCCGUGCUGGUUUUGGAAGGUGAACAGAUUCCUGUUCAGAAAAACAUUCUGGCUGCUGCUAGUCCAUACAUCAGGACCAAAUUAAAUUACAACCCACCAAAGGAGGAUGGAUCUGUAUACAAAAUCGAGUUGCAAGGAAUCUCUGUCACGACCAUGAGGCAGAUUUUGGAGUACAUUUUCAGUGGGGAGAUUACCCUGAGUGAAGACACCAUCCAGGAUGUGGUUCAGGCUGCUGAUCUUCUGCUCCUCACUGAUCUCAAAUCCCUGUGCUGUCAGUUCCUGGAGAGCUGCAUCACUGCAGAGAACUGCAUCGGUAUUCGGGUCUUCUCUUUGCAUUACUGCCUGCACCACGUCUACCAUGUGGCCACCGAGUACCUGCAGACUCAUUUUCGUGAUGUGGCCAAUACAGAGGAGUUCCUGGAGCAGCUGCCCGAUCGCCUGUGUGAGCUCCUGUCCAUGGAGAAGCUCAACGUAGGGAAUGAAAAGCACGUUCUGGAGGCAGUGGUCCGCUGGAUCGCCCAUGACAUUGAAGCUCGGAGAGUCCAUAUGAAAGAGGUGAUGUCUGCCGUGUGGGUUCAAGGCCUGGACCAGAGUUACCUCCAGGAGCAGAUGCUCGGAGACUCCCUGAUGAGGGAGGUGAUACGGAAUUGUUGUAUUGAGUCGCUAGGAGGAGCAAUGCAGCAUGGGGAGGCGCUGCUCGCUGCUUUUAAACCCCGCGGCUACUCUGAGUGUAUCGUCACUGUAGGGGGUGAGGAGAGGACGUUUGGCGCGGUAGCAUGUGGGAUUGGACAAGAGCUCUAUGUAUUUGGUGGUGUGAGGAACAGAGACGCUGACAACCCAGAGUCCAGUCAGAUGACCAUCUGCAAGUCUGAGUUCUUCCACGAUGAACUAAAAAGGUGGGUGCUUUUAGAUGACCAGAACCUCUGCAUACAGGCCACAUCGUCUUUUGUUUAUGGAGCUGUUCCCAUUGGUGCCAGUAUAUAUGUGGUUGGAGAACUUGACACUGUUGUUUUCCUCAGGUUUGGCGCGGUAGCAUGUGGGAUUGGACAAGAGCUCUAUGUAUUUGGUGGUGUGAGGAACAGAGACGCUGACAACCCAGAGUCCAGUCAGAUGACCAUCUGCAAGUCUGAGUUCUUCCACGAUGAACUAAAAAGGUGGGUGCUUUUAGAUGACCAGAACCUCUGCAUACAGGCCACAUCGUCUUUUGUUUAUGGAGCUGUUCCCAUUGGUGCCAGUAUAUAUGUGGUUGGAGAACUUGACACUGGCACCAGUUUUGACUAUGUGCGGGAGUUCCGCAGAAGCACGGGUACCUGGCACCCCACCAGACCCCUCAUGCCCUCUGAUCUGAGCAAGACGAGCUGUGCUGCCCUACGCAUCGCUAACUGUAAGCUGUUCCGCCUGCAGCUCCAUCAGGGACAGUUCCGUAUCCGGGUUCAAUCCACAUAAACAACCCGCAUCCUCACCGCUGGCUUUAUGUCACUCCUCCAUCGUCUGCUGGUUUGGAGGAGGAUGCAGAGGAUUGUGAGAUCACACUGGCAACAGCAGAGGUUUGCUUAUAAUGUGGGAAAGCUUGAAUGAAUUGUCCUGUUUUUUAUGUUUGAUGUCUUUUCUUAGAGGAUGAAUUCUACAUCUUUUUUGGUUCCUCUUUACAUGAUUCCCAGUCACAGGAAAUGCCGUUACAUUAGAUGGGACCUGCUCACUAUUUUCAUGCUUUAUAUGAAUAGUUUACAAUAGAUUGUACCUAGCUGUUGUUGCAGCUUGUUGUUUAACACUAACACUUUUGAACAUUGGUGACGGAGGUGAAAAUUGCCUAUUUUAUACCAUUGUUCAGUCUUAAAUGUGGGUUCAGUAAGUAAGGGAACAAAUCAAAUCAAGAACUAAUCAGUGCUAGUGAUAUGUUCAUAUCAAACACAAUUAUGUUGCUAAUGCAAGUGUCUGUCUAGCUACUGUAAAAUCAAAGUUGAAAUGAUGUGUUAGAAUAUUGAAAUGAUUCUAAAUCUCAUUGCUCUUGAAUUUUAAAUCUCUCGUUACAUAUGUAUAUAUUAAACAUUUUAAAUAAAAUAAUUAUAUAUAAAAUA